AUCUAGUAUGGAUUUAUUGUAAAAGUGCGUUUGUAGUCCUCCUUAUAUGUGGAUUUACGGUAAAACAUGGCUAGCAGAGAAAACAGGAAGCAUGCCAUGUGCUGCAUAUGUGUUACUGAUAUUUAUCGCAUGGAAGUGUACACAGAAGAGGCGUGAAGAGCUUUGCUGUGUGUAAUCAUGAUAACACCGGCGUUUGAACUGAGUCAGGAUGCCAAUUUCCUUACUGUGAUUAUUCGUGUACCCUACACCAGGACAUCAGAGUUUGACAUCUACAUCCAGGGAGAAGAUUUGAAGUUCUAUGCCAAGCCAUACUUUCUCAGGUUGACUCUCCCUGGGAGAAUAGUAGAAGAUGGCCGGGAAAAAGCUUCAUUCGAUAUCGAUAAAGGUCUCUUCACGCUGCAUGUCCCUAAAGAGACGGCCGGACAGCACUUUGAGGGUUUGGAAAUGCUCACCAGUCUCCUGGCUCCUAAGGGAUCAAGAUCAGCAAAACCACUGGUGGAGGACACAGAGGCCUGUGGUGGAGGAUGUGAGGAGGAAGAUGAAGAGGAGGAUUUUGAUUGGCAGAUAGAACAGGAGAUUUACACCGAAACUCCAGCAGAGACGCUGAAAGAAUACCACAAGUAUGGCUUUGGAAACCUCAGGUCUGGAGUCUUCACUAGACUGCAAGAGGAGCUGAAUGAGGUGAUUGAUGUGAAGGAUCCCGACAACACCGCUUCUGAGCUCAGGAGACGCAAUCGACUAGAUGCAGAGACCACAAUAUUUUGUGCUGAUCAUUAUUUGGUAAAUCUGUAUGAGGAUGAGGAGGAGAUCAGAAACCUGCUGAAGUUUAAACCGUGGUGGAGAGAACUGAGCCCGGACUCUUCAGCAAGCUCUGACACCUCAAUAACUUUCACAGAAGAGGAAAAGGAGCAGAUGAGGAAAUUCACAAACCGUUCAUACUUGCUGGAUAAGAAAGCGCGCUUCCACGUCUGGCUCGGUUUGGUGGACAUCAUUCUUGCGUAUGUCUAUGAUGUGCGCACUACAGAGGGAGAGCACAAUGUAGAGUCAGCCUGGACCAUCAGGAAGCUCAGCGGUACUCUCAGCUGGCUGGAGACGUAUCACUCGGUACAAGAUGUGCUGGUGUCUUUCGGCAGGAGGACUUUGUGCUACCCACUCUAUCGGCAUUUCUCCCUGAUCACAAGAGCUGUGAAAGACGUUGCUUGCAUUUUUCAGUCUGGGAAGGCCUGCAUCCUGAAAUGUCUGCUGGCCAUCCAUAAGAUUUUCCGGGAGAAUGAUCCGGCCUAUAUCCUCAAUGACCUCUACAUCACAGACUACUGCAUCUGGAUCCAGAGGGUCAAAUCCAAGCAUGUGCUCGCACUAGCCGAACCCCUACGUAAUGCCAAACUGCAGAAAAACCAUCUAGAACUGGAGCUGGAGAUACUUGAACAAGCUGCUGAACUUGCACUGAAGGAGGAAGAAAACAGAGAGGACUCCAGCAGUGGCAGUGACUCUGAGGAGGAGGAAGAGAGUGAGGAAGAGCAGCCUGAAGAAACGCAACCUGAAGAAAGGACAGAAAAUAACCAAACGGGACCUCUUGAGCCUCAGGUCAUCUGUGAGGUUCUGAAGGAACAAGCCAUGAUUGAAGCUUCCCCCCUCCAUGUUGAGCUCCAGCGUGGCGGUGGAGAGCCGCGUGAGUCCAGACGGAUGAUUGAAGAGCUGGGAGAGAGGCUGGAGGAGGGGCUGACGAUUGAGGAGGAUGUGCCUCGGGGAAGACGCUCUAUUAGCGGCAGUAACACCGAGGGAGAGGGAGGGAGAGAGGGAGACUGUUACCAUCAGUGUGCAGCUGAGACGGAAAGAGACGCCACGAAAGCAGCAACCAGUAGAGAGCUACUUGAUCCGUGCCUUCAGAGGAAUCCACUGCGUAUCAUAAGCACUGAUGAACUGGACAGUGACGAUGAUGGAGACCUGCUUCUUACAGUGGUAAAAGAAGGACCGUAGUGGAAACAUUAUUGCUUGGAUAUUACCAUUCCUUCACACUAAGAGUAACGGAUGUAUCCUUAAGUCUAUCGAAGAGCUUCUGCGUUUUCAUGGAUGUAUAUUGUGAAAAAUGAUGGUUUUAUUUGUGGCAUUUGUCGUAAUUGCUUGUUUCACAGUGCCACUGCUGUUGAAAAUAAGACUUUUUUUCCCACGGUAUGUUUAUGUGGUUCUGGGUAGUUUUAUAUUAAACAUUUUUUUGCAUUUUGACAUUUUUUGCACACAUUUUAUUUGUGUUUUGAGUUUACUUUGUUGCAAAAUAUAGCAAUAAAAAGUUAUACUUAUAUUUUA